AUGUUUGAGUAUGCUGUAGAUGUAGUGGUGGUCAAUAGAAAUACCCGAGUCACAAAACACAACGAGUUCAUCGAACGCAUGUUCACCGCUUUUGCCAGGUACGGCAUCCAACCCAGCAUCGUUGCAAUAGACAUGGAUGCAAAUACGCGUGACCUGCCUAGAGGAAGAUCGAUUUUCCUUUGCAUUCCCGAACCCGAAGACUUGUCAUACACAAGAACACAUACUUCCACCUACAGGAAGUUCUCUCGACAUACUCCCGGAGAAGACAAUGACUGUUCAGCACAAAGUUAUCUACGUGUCUUUGAUGAUCGUGCGCUAUACUUCCCUAGGCUUGCUGAAUACCUAUACCCAGAGCUGGUUGGACGGAGAAGAGAAGAAGAGGAAGCUCUAGAAAGAUCAUUUGAACGCCAAGGAGAGGAAGAAGGCCGCGAUGAGGAAGAACUGCCUCUAGAAAGAUCAUUUGAACGCCAAGAAGAGGAAGUGAUGGAUGUUGGUGAUGACAGUGGUGAAGCAGAAGAGGCAUCGACAGCAGGGGGAAGUCGCCAGAUGGCAGUUCCGCGAAGGAGUGAGAGACUAAGGGAGCGAGAGCGAGGCACAGUCCCUGCCGGCGAGGCAGCCCGGGGCGUUGUACAACCGCUGGAAGCUUUUUCAAUGCCCCAGUCCUGGGCCUUUUCGUACGAAGAAAAAAACGAAGUGAUGACCAAAAUUAACUUCCUUUAUGAGCAGGCAAGGAGCAUGCAAGUAGCUCAGACCACGGAAGCUAAAAGCAGGGCAAGAGAAGCUAUGCUUGAUUACGUAUCGAAGAAAAGAUGCAACUUCAUGACUCACGAUCUCGAUAUGCUGCUCAACUCAGGAAACUUUCCUAAUCCAAAUGAAUACAGAACAAAAAGGCUUUUGCAACAGCUUACGGCGGAGAAGUACAAGUAUUUUAAGCCGCUUUUUCCUAAAGAGUGA